AAGAGAUGAGUGAGGCCAGCCAUUUCAGCCCUUUAAAAAGCCGUCAUCUCGCAAGCCUCUACCGUCAUCACCACGCGCAUCAGCAGCCCUCAACGACAUCCUUCCGGUCAAAAGAAUAAAAAAAAGAAAAGGAAAAAAAAAAGAUCGAAAAAUGCUCUUCUCCUCCGCCUCCCUCGCCGCCGCCACGGCACUCGCAGCCUUCGCCGCCCCGGCUGCCGGCUCGCCCAACGGCUGGUCCAAGACCAAAGAGGUGCCCGACGGGCCCACCAAGCUGUACGACUGCCCGUGCAAGCCCAUCAUCGACGCCAUGGUGAAGUGCCAGACGCGCAAGGGGCCCAACGCCGGGAUCCGCGACUGCGUCUGCAUCCCCAACCCCGACGGCUGGUACGGCUACCUGAACACGUGCCGAGACUGCCUGUCCUACAACCCGGGCCCCAGCGGCAGCGGCAGCGGCAGCGACCCGUUCUUCAAGGAGCUGGCGGGCACCAUCACGCAGCUCUUCGUGUCGUGCACCAACGUGGGGGGAGGGGUCAACAGCCCCGACGGCAAGAGCAUCUGCGCCAGCAACGCCAUGCUCGAGACGUGCGCGUCGCUCAAGACGGGCGGCAAGGAGGCCAGCUGGGCGAGCUCAAAGAUCUUCAAGAGCGGCGUGUCGACCAACGGGACGUUCGUCGUCGACAUCCCCGGGGACCCGGCCAUGAGCGCGUCGGCCACCCCGUCGAGCGCUGCCAACACGACGGCGUUGAGCACCGGCGGCGGCGGCGGCGCCGCCACCACCGCCCCUGGAACACAGACGACUUCGACGACACCUACUCCGGGAGCGACGAAGCCGUCAUCAGCCAUGGGCUACGCCGGCUCUCGGUCGCAGGUUGGGGGCAUCGUGGGGCUGGUGUUUGCGGUGGGAGUGGCCGUGUUGAUUUAAGGUGCAUUAGCGAGUGGCGCACGAUUUGUGUUUUUUUUUUUUUUUUUAAAAAAAAGUGUAAUUAAGCAUUCCGCCAUCCGUCAGGGGAACUACGCACGGGCCGUUGCGGCGCACACCGCUGAUCGACAGUCAAAGCCCGCUUCUCCCCUGAAUGGCUUCCUUCUUCUCGCUGAAAAAUACAGCAAUAUCUCCGCCUCACAGGAAUGACUACCGUGAACGGCACAGUAUGCGUGGUGUGAAAGCCCCCACCAACGGAAAACAAAAAAACAGCACACUUUGAAAAAUUUAGCCAAUCAUUGGCCACAAAUGCCGGGAGUAGCCAAUCAGAGUAGAGACAUUUACCCCC